UUAAGAGUAAUUUUCCCUCAGAAAUUUAAUUUUUCGUCUCCCCCAUCGCGCCCCCCCCCUUUCCCCUCACGGUUUUCCCGCGCUGCGAAAAGGGCGGGAAAACCCCGCUGGGAGGACCGCGUGACCAUAGAGAGGCGGGAGGACCGGGCGGCCAGAGCGCCCCCCCUGCGCACCGGAAGUUCCGUUGUAAACCAUAGAGCGGAAGCGCCGCUUGGCGGAGCGCCUCCCGUGGACUUCCGGUGGAUGCUGAGGCGACUUCCGGUGCCUCUCUGAGGCGACUUCCGGUGCAUCUCUGAGGCGAUUUCCGGUGCAUGGCGGCGCUUCAGCGAUGCCGGAGAUUCCGUUAACGCGCGUGGUGUCCGUGAGCAGCGCGGACCCGCGUCACCCGGCGGAGAAUUUGCUGCGGCCCGAUGAUGGCGGGCGCUGGAGGGGGGCGGCGGCGGGGGAGAAGCAGCUGAGCGUGGUGCUGGAGCUGGGCGAUUCCCGCCCCAUCCACUCCCUGCACAUCGGCAACGACGGCGCCGCCUUCGUGGAGGUGCUGGGGGGGUCCUCGGCUGGGGGGGAGUUCCAGGUGCUGCUGCCCAGCGCGGCGCUGAUGUCGCCCAGCGAGAGCCGGGCGGGGGCGGAGCCGCGGCGCGUUCGGCUCUUCGGGCCCGAAUCGCUGGUCAGGGGUCCCAGCUCACCUGGGGCACACCUGCACACCUGGGACAGGCUGAAGGUGGUGCUGAGCCAGCCCUACUGCCAGAGCCGCCCCUACGGCCUCUCCUUCAUCCGAGUGUUCGCGGCGCCCGCGGAGGACGAGGCCCCGCCGCGGCGCCGCCUGGGCCCGUUCACGCUGCGGGAGGAGGGGGAGGGGAGCCCCCGGCGCCCCCCCGGGGCCCUGUUCUACCAGCGCCCCUCCCCCACCGCAGCCCCCCCUCGGGACCCCUCCCCCGGGCCGAGCUACGCGGCCGCAGCGCUGAGAGGGACGGGGAGCGACCACGGACAGCCACCCCCAAAAAAACCCAAACCUCACCUGGACACCCCCAAAACCACACCUGGAACUCCAAAAUCUCACCUGGAGACCACCAAAACCUCACCUGGGACCACAAAAACCUCACCUGGGACCCCCAAAGCCACACCUGGAACUCCAAAGUCACACCUGGGAGGAUCCAAAGCUCACCUGGGCGGACCCAAGCCCCUGGAGGGCGUGGUGCUGGCGCUGAGCGGGUUCCAGAACCCUCUGCGGGGUCACCUGCGGGCGGCGGCCGCGGCGCUGGGGGCGCAGUACCGGCCGGACUGGGGCGAGGACUGCACUCACCUGGUGUGCGCCUUCGCCAGGACUCCCAAGGCGUCGCGGGCGCGGCAGCGCGGGGGGGUGGUGGUGACACCUGAGUGGAUCUGGGAGUGUCAGAGAACCGGAAAAAGAGUUACCUGUGAGCGGUACCUCCUGCGCGGCUCCGCCUCCUCCAGCAGCGAGGGGGAGGGGCCUGAUGAAGCCCCGCCCCCUCCCCGCCCCUCCCCCGCCAAGGUCAAGAAAGGGGCGGAGCCAAAGGAGCCGGACACGCCCGAGACCCCGCCCCCAACGGCACCGGCCACGCCCCCCGAGUCACCUGAGAGCGACGGCCAAUCAGACACCGACCCCUACGGCGGCUCCACCGAGGAGAACAGCGAGGACGAGGAGGGGGAGGGGGAGCCCAUCCCCCAACUGCCAGAUUUUUUCCAGGACAAAACUUUCUUCUUCCACGGCGAGUUCCCGGCGGGGGUGGAGCGGCGGCUGCUGAGAUACGUGGUGGCGUUCGGGGGCACCCUGGCCCCCUACAUGGACGACUCGGUGACGCACGUGGUGACGGCGCAGGACUGGGACCCCGCCUUCGAGGAGGCGCUGGAGCUCCGCCCCUCGCUGACCUUCGUGCGUCCCCAUUGGCUGCUGCAGUGCGGGGAGCGGCAGCGCCCCCUGCCGGCCCCGCCCUUCCCCCGGGCGUGACCUCAUCUGUGACGUCAUCAUCAUCAUCAGUGACAUCAUCAUCAGUGAUGUCAUCAACGCUCCUCCCCCCUGAGAUUGAAAUAAAAGCGAUUUUUGGGCAGAAAUAAAAUGGA